CCAACGGACUUCUCGAGGUUUUUCCCUUCCUCUCUUCAAAUCCUUCCAGUUUUCUUCCCUAUCUAACAUCACUCUCCCGCUCGGGCCAUUUCCAUUAGUCUCCCCCUCCUCCUCUCUCCAAAAUGCAGUCUUCUUUCUCUCUCUCUUUCUCUCACAGCUCCGCUGCUCCCAUUUCCAGAUCACAUCAUUAUUCAGAGUGUUUGGCGCUCAGUGAUAAUGGAGGGCUUUUGAAUUUUCGCUUCUGUGGUUUAAGGCGCGAGGCUUUAGGAUUCACUUCUCUCAAGCUCAGUGAUACCAAUCGUAGAGUGCAUCUCUCUAGUCGCGGGCACCUCAAGAAAGUAGCGGCUGCGUUGUCCGACAAUGGGGCCCCUCCUAAAUCGUUCGAUUACGAUUUGUUGAUCAUUGGGGCUGGCGUUGGAGGCCACGGAGCGGCGCUUCAUGCCGUCGAGAAGGGUUUGAAAACGGCCAUUGUUGAGGGAGAUGUUGUAGGAGGAACAUGUGUAAACAGAGGCUGUGUCCCUUCUAAAGCUCUUUUGGCAGUUAGUGGACGUAUGCGUGAACUACAAAGUGAUCAUCAUUUGAGAUCCUUGGGCUUACAGGUUUCUGCUGCUGGGUAUGACAGGCAGGGAGUAGCUGAUCAUGCUAAUAACCUUGCUUCAAAAAUCCGUGGUAAUUUGACCAAUUCAUUAAAGGCACUAGGAGUAGACAUACUCACAGGUUUCGGAUCCAUUCUGGGUCCUCAAAAGGUGCAAGUUGGCUCUUCGAAAAAAAUAGUAACCGCAAAAGAUAUAAUCAUUGCAACUGGUUCUGUUCCUUUCGUUCCCAAGGGCAUUGAAGUUGACGGGAAGACUGUGAUUACCAGUGAUCAUGCGCUCAAACUGGAAUCUGUUCCUGACUGGAUAGCAAUUGUAGGAAGUGGUUACAUUGGCCUUGAAUUCAGUGAUGUCUAUACAGCUCUUGGAAGUGAGGUUACUUUCGUUGAAGCCUUAGAUCAACUCAUGCCCGGAUUUGAUCCUGAAAUUAGCAAGUUGGCUCAAAGGGUUCUGAUAAAUCCCCGAAAUAUUGACUAUCAUACUGGAGUUUUUGCCUCCAAGAUAACUCCUGCAAAGGAUGGGAAACCAGUUAUCAUUGACCUCAUUGAUGCAAAGACCAAGGAACCUAAGGACACUUUGGAGGUGGAUGCUGCACUAAUAGCAACUGGAAGGGCUCCAUUCACACAAGGACUUGGCUUGGAAAAUAUUGAUGUUGCAACACAGCGUGGUUUUGUUCCUGUGGAUGAGCGCAUGCGAGUAAUUGAUGCAAAAGGAAAUCUGGUGCCUCAUUUAUAUUGUAUUGGUGACGCAAAUGGCAAGAUGAUGCUUGCUCAUGCUGCCAGUGCUCAAGGAAUUUCAGUGGUUGAACAAGUCACUGGAAGAGACUAUGUGCUGAAUCAUUUAAGCAUCCCAGCUGCUUGUUUCACUCAUCCUGAAAUCAGCAUGGUUGGAUUGACGGAGCCUCAAGCAAGGGAGAAAGGUGAAAAGGAAGGAUUUGAAGUAAGUGUUGCCAAAACAAGUUUUAAAGCUAACACAAAGGCCCUAGCAGAAAAUGAAGCGGAGGGACUUGCCAAGCUGAUAUACAGGCCUGAUAAUGGAGAGAUACUAGGAGUUCACAUAUUUGGGUUGCAUGCAGCAGAUCUUAUCCACGAAGCAUCCAAUGCAAUCGCAUUAGGGACACAUAUUCAGGACAUAAAAUUCGCGGUUCAUGCUCAUCCAACUUUGUCUGAAGUUCUCGAUGAGCUAUUUAAAUCUGCAAAGGUGAGCCUUCCAUUGCAUCAUAGUCAAAGCACAAGCUUCGAGCCCAGUAAGUGAAGCAGUCGCAGUCUAAUCAUCAGAGUAUAAAUUUUUUAAGAAAUUUGAUUGUGAUAGGGAGUUCCGAGACGUUACUCAUCUCCAGACAGAGGGCAUGAGCACAUUAGCAGACCUGUAAGAGAAGAGGACUACUUGAGGGAAUCAGCCGACAGCGUGAGAAUGAAUGGGCACCAUAUAUUAUUUUUGAUAUUUCAAUUUCUUACUUUUCUUAGUGCCUGUCAUAAUUACCUAUUUUCGUUAGUAUUGCGUUCUAGAAACUUGUUCUCCUCUUGAAUUGCGGCCAUCAUUUCUCGAGAGGCCUUUAUUUAUAGCAGCCUAUUCAUGUUUUGUGGUAUUUCAGUUUUGAAGCCAGUGAAAGUAUGCUAGUUUUAUGAAUUUCUUAUUAAAAUAA